AUGCCGAAGCCCGGCGCGAAAGCGGCUGCGAUAGCGGGAAAAGGAUACUUCAUCUCGGUUGAUGCUCGUCCCAUGGCAACCGCCAGAGGUACCAUAAAGAAGCUCGUUGGGAUAUACAAACAGCAUUUACGCAAACAUGUCGGGGCUUCAUCAGAGAACCUCAAGACUCCAUUCAUCAGACUCAACAUUGAGUGUAUACUUGGCAGCUACGACCCGAACGUGGCCACAAACAAAGACGAGGUUCUCUUUGCGAACGAGCCGAAGCUUUUGGAGUUGUUUGAGGACAUGUGUCAGGAUUUGUAUCAGAACUGCGAUGGCCAGGCGGACAUACCCGAGCGAACUGGUCUAGUUGAGUCUUCAAGCUCUGGCCAGAGUGAGAACACAUCCGCUGAGAAGGCCAGCGAUAUCAUUAAUAGACAGCUCGCAAGUCCCCCUUCAGACAGGACUUCUGCGGUUGGAAGCUCUGCCGCGUUUGUCAACAAAGCAGGUGGCUAUCAUGACCAUCCAGACAGAAGUGCCUUGGAGUAUACCACUCAACUAGUGGAUGACACGCUAUCCCUGGUCAAUGAGAAGGCGGGUCAAACCAACAGCAGCGAGGCACAGAUAUCACGGCAAGAUUCUCUAGAAUCCUCUAGUGAUUCUGGGCUGACUCGGUCUUUCCUCCGGUCGAGUUGGGACGUCGACAUGGCAAGAAGUCGCACUGCGAGCCCGCUGGGAUACACACAGGAGAUAUUUCUCAAUCCGCUGCUCUCGGACUUUCCCGAGCUCCUGAGUACGCAGAGAAUGGAGCAACGCCAGCGGGAGAAGCCAAACCCGUGGUCUCUAGCCAAAAAAACAGCGAAGAAAAGUGGAGGAUCUCAUAACGACCAUUUGGAAGAUUCGGACGACAUUGAGCAGAGUGGAGGCAACACCACUGUCCCGGUCCUCAAAGAGCCGACUCACAUCCCCAACGUUGAGAAUUUCGUGCAUGAGACGGAGAGCAUGGCCAAGCUGGUUCCUGAAGCCCGAGAAAAUGCCCUUGGUCAAUUGUCUCAACGCCACCAGGCACUUGCUAUGCAGAGGGAACAUGCACUUGAGACGGAUGACUUCGAGUCUUCCGGGUUGAGGACGUUCGACACCCCACAUGAUUUUCCGCAGGACCCAAGCCACAUUGGCGUGCCGCGAAUUCUGGGAGAUGAAGAGCAAUUCCAGCGAUCCGGACUGAGACACGAAUUCGAUGAUCUGCCGGACGAUAUUGCGAGGGAUUUGGGUUUACACCGGCGCCGCGCACAAACACCACAUCCAUCUUCGAUUCGUGGCCACGAAAAUUUCCUUGGAACUCCUCCGUCUUCUUCGAGUCCUCUGCCCAAGCCAUGUCGUGUACCUGCCCGUGCAGAGGUCGGUAGACAAGAACGAAGCUCUGCUCGAAGUGAACGGCCUCGAUGUGCCCAAGGGCAACCAAGUGUUGGAGAUCGCAAGAGAAAUGGACUCGGUCAAAGCAAGCUUGCUUUCAAUGCCACCAAGAACUUGAAAAGCUCACAGCUCGGAGAGUUCCAAAACGCCGCUGCAGGUUGUGCUCCUCGAAUGGGCGUCGAUCAUGGAAAUUUCGAUGAUAAGUAUGAUUCUGUACCAGAGAUCACCAGGCAUUUACGGCAUAACAGCCCCAGUCCAACAGAGAUGGACGUUGCUGGUGCCAUGGAAAGGUUGAACGCUCUUCGUCCUAGGUCCCACAGCAUCAUUCACAAGGACUUGGACCCUCCUGCCAGCCCAAGUCACACAGAGAGAGACAUUAGCAGUGCUGUAUCAAGGAUGAAGGCUCUCCGCCAUCAGAAAGACGCUUUCGAACCAAUCGAAAAUGCGACAUCCGAGGAAAGAGGGAGACCCAUGACCCGAGGGUCGACAACAACCACCUUAGAGAUUCCACCACGUGGAUAUCUGAGGAAGAGACUGGCAUCGAGGUCUAGGUCGAGGAACAAGACUCACAAGAGGAUGAAGUCUGAGUUGCUGCCCUUCAAAAGACCGUGCGAUGAUUUACACUUGCAGUUAAAAUCUCUCUUGGUCGAUCUAACCCAACUGCGAAAACAGGUCACAAGAGCUUUCGCUUGGGAUCUGUAUGUCUCCAGGGACAUACCCGAAUCGCCAGCAUUUGAUCUAGAGCCGGCAGAAAUGGAUGAUAUAAGUAACAGACUUCAGGAGAUCGUAGGUGAAUGGGCGUUUGACAAGUAUGCAGUGGAGCUCGACCUCGAAAUUAACCUGGGCGAUCUGCUUUGGGGGGAUGCAUAG